AUGUCUGGGCGUGGCAAGAAACGUGCAGAACCAAAGAAAAGCAAAACUGCAAAAGCGGGCCUGCAGUUCCCAGUGAGCCGGGUUGGGCGGUACCUGAAGAACGGUCACUAUGCUGAAAGGAUAAGCCCUGGGGCCUCUGUUUACUUGGCGGCUGUACUGGAAUAUUUGACUGCUGAGAUCUUAGAACUGGCAGGAGCUGCUGCUCAUCAAAACAAGAAACAGCGAAUUGGACCAAGGCACAUCCUGCUGGCGGUGAAGAAUGAUGAAGAGCUGAACAAGUUGUUUGCAGGUGUAACAAUAGCUGAAGGAGGUGUUCUGCCUUUGAUCCAAGCUCACCUCCUUCCAAAGAAGACCGUAAAACGUAAGGAAGAUGGAGAAGAUACUGGGUCACAAGAAUUCUGA